AUGGAGUCAGGAGGAAAGUUCGGGCUCCAGGUCACCCACUACCGCGCCCUGCGCUCCAAGGAAGAUAUCCUCAGGGGCGAGGCCGACUCGAUCGCCUUCACGUUCAAGUUCGACGUGAUCUGCCGCGUCCACCUUGGCAGAAUGGACGUGCAAUGUGGGGCCUGCGUGGGCUGCUUUAUGGAAGGAGCUAUCCACAGACCCGCGGAGCGAUGGGCGGCGAUUCCGGUGCUCAUGUGCGGCCACGCUUACGGAUAUCCCCACGAGGACUGCGCCUUCUGCGCCCAUCUGCACGACGGAAUCAUAAAUAUGGGCGCCAAGUCCUCUAAUCACAUGGGCUGGCUCAUGUGGAACCUCGCUCAGUGCAGGCACGACAGAAUGGGGAAUGCGGUGCCAAAGAGGGUUGUCGAGUUGCUGCGCCAACUUCUCUCGGCGGUAUCAUCCUACACAGCGGACGAGGAGCUCCUUGCGCGCACCUACACAGGGCGCCGCCCCUCCCCCACCCUCCGGGACGUCGUUGCGUCCGAAAACCUGCCCAGGCUGAUUGAGACGGGACUGGAAGACUGGGAGGACUCCCGCUUCGUGUUACAGACGAAGUACCGCCAGCACAAGUGCGACUGCUGCAGAGCAGAUUUCAUGCGGGGGAACCUGGUUCUAGGCCAAUGGGUGGACCAGCUCAACCUUGGGUUCCGCCACAUUCGGGCUGCAGUGGCCCCGAGGGGCGGCGCUGUGCAUGACAUCUUCCCAAGGGUCAUGAAGGUGCGGGAGGGCGACCAGAGACGGGGGCAAAUACUGAGACGAGACUUUUGGCUGCGUGACUACAUUGCCUACAGGGCAGAAUCGCUCAUUCGUAGGCUGGUGGGGGAGGACCUUGGCGGCCCCAUCUGCUAUGAAGAUGAUCGACGCAGGCCUGUGAUCCCUGGGUUCUCCAUUCUGGACGCGUGGUUCUACUGUUGGAAGUGUGGUGCCAGGAACGCGAUGGUCAAGCGCACUGUGCAUGACGCGAUCUGCCCGACCUGUCACGGGUGGAUGGAUUGGAAAUCGGCGCAGUGGGCGUCGGAGAAUGGGCUGGCGACAGCACCAAGUCCAGACAUAAUUGCGAAGGACAACUGGGUGGCAGCACUUCAAGGGGAAGAUCCUGGGCGAGCUCCAUGGAUUGCCAACGUCCUGGUCCACCGCAAGGGAUUCGCAAGCUUUUGGAGAUACGUGGCCUCGAAGUCGACGAAUACGCCCAAGCCAUUUCUGCAGAAAGGCGAGAAGCAAAGGUACUACGCAGCCCCCGAAGUUUACGUGGACAAGCAUACGUCUACGGAGUGGAACAUUUUCUUCCUGCUGGUACUGGAAGAAUUGGGGAACAAAUGCAGGGAGGCGCUCAUGAUGCAUGAUCAGGACUUGACAGCUCGCGGAAGCUGGGACGCCUACCAUGCCAUGAGGAUUUCCACUAUCCUUUCGCAUGGCAUGAAGAUGUGGCACUCCGGCACGCACAGGCUCGAACAUUGCCACGUUUCCCUGAUCGCUCUUACCCUUGCCGAGGGCCUGCUGGGCCCAGACCCGAUGGAUGAAUUCGGGGAGAGAACUUGCCGACGCUUGUUUGGGGCCGUACCGUACAUGUGGGGUUUGCACUACGACACCUUGCGGCUCCCCCUUCGCCCCGGGCCUGGGGAGUCGCUCGGUCGAGUGGACUGCGCACCGCUGCUGGGGACAGGGUUGGCAUAUGACCUGCAGAACUAUUCGACGAACCGACAUGGGCCAGUGCAGGUGCUGGGCAUAAGGCACCAGUUUCUUCCGUGGCUCUGCCACUGCACGCUCUUGCACGCCGGCUGCGUUCUCUUUAGGCGCGUCUUGGUAGUUGGCCAUGGGCCCAUCGGGCAUUCCUUCAUCGAGAAGUUGGGGGAGCGCAAUGCUGGCUUCGACAUCUCCGUGCUGUGCGAGGAGCCGCGCCCGGCCUACAACCGCGUGAUGCUGACGCAGUACUUCGCGGACCGCGACGGAGACAAGCACGACCAGAUGAAAUUGUCUUACUGCACUGAAGCCUCCCUCCAGGAGACCGGCGUGAAGCUCAUUUAUGGCCGUGCAGUCGCGGUGGACCGAGAGGGCAAGUCGGUGUCAUACACGGAUCCCUCGGGCAGUUCCAUGUCUGUGGGUUACGAUUUUCUGGUGUUCGCUACUGGCAGCUAUUGCUUUGUGCCACCGACUCCAGGGAUGGUGAUCCCAGAGAAGAAGAACCCGCAUUGGCCGGACGAUCCUGCUUCGCGUCCUGACGGCGUUUUCGUGUACCGCACGAUCGAGGACUUGGACGGACUUAUCGCUGCGUCGAAGGGUGGUGCGAGGAAGGCAGCAGUGAUCGGUGGUGGCUUGCUUGGACUGGAAGCCGCGAAGGCCGUGUACGAAUUGAAGAUGGAAAGCCACGUCUUGGAGAUGGCUCCCUUCUUGAUGCCGGCCCAGCUGAACAAAGCUGCUGGCACCUUGCUCGCAAAGAAGAUUGAGGCCUUGGACAUCCGGGUGCACACCGGGGUCAGGAUCCUGGAGGUGGUUCUUUCCGAAGGAAGAGUGGUCGGGAUCAAGAUCAUUGAGCAUGGCACGGAGGAGCCCAUCAUCCUCGAGGUCGAUGUGGUGGUGGUCUCGUGCGGCAUCCGCCCCCGUGAUGAGCUCGCAAAGGGCUGCGGCCUUGAACUUGGUGGCCGGGGUGGUAUCAAGGUUGAUAGUGGGCUCUGCACAGCAGACCCGUCCAUCUACGCCAUAGGUGAAUGUGCAUCGAUCGAUGGCAACUUCUGCUAUGGUCUCUGGGCCCCUGGAGUCGAGCAGGCCGAAGUGUUAGUGAAGCGUUUGGUGGAUGGCCCCGGUGCCGCUCAUUACUCCCACAGCGAUCUCAGCACGAAGCUCAAGCUCAUGGGCGUUGACGUGGCCUCCUUUGGCCGCACGUCGGACUUCUGGUUCAAGCGGCAGUACGACGAGGCAGAUGACAAGAAGGUCGUGAGCCUCGAGAAUUCGAAUCCUUUCGAAGGAACCUACAAGAAGCUAUGCUUCAGCCCAGAUGGAAAGACGUUGCUUGGUGGGUUGCUUGUGGGGGAUACGAAGGACUACACGAAGCUCUUGCAGCUGAGCAAGAAGGAUUCCGAGUAUGUGGUCCCGGCAGUGGACUUCAAGCUAGCCGUCACUGCCAACAAGAUUAAAGAUGAGGCCCCGCCGCCGCCACCGCCAGCACCGAAGAAGCCAAAGCAGGAGGUGGUGCCAACUAGUGCCGACGGUCAGCUUGCGGUCGGUCCGGCAGGGGAGGGUGGCAAGCGCGUCUUGGUGGUUGGCCAUGGGCCCAUCGGGCAUUCCUUCAUCGAGAAGCUGGGGGAGCGCGACGACGGCUGGGAGAUCUCCGUGCUGUGCGAGGAGCCGCGCCCGGCCUACAACCGCGUGAUGCUGACGCAGUACUUCGCGGACCGCGACGGAGACAAGCACGACCAGAUGAAAUUGUCUUACUGCACUGAAGCCUCCCUCCAGGAGACCGGCGUGAAGCUCAUUUAUGGCCGUGCAGUCGCGGUGGACCGAGAGGGCAAGUCGGUGUCAUACACGGAUCCCUCUGGCAGUUCCAUGUCUGUGGGUUACGAUUUUCUGGUGUUCGCUACUGGCAGCUAUUGCUUUGUGCCACCGACUCCAGGGAUGGUGAUCCCAGAGAAGAAGAACCCGCAUUGGCCGGACGAUCCUGCUUCGCGUCCUGACGGCGUUUUCGUGUACCGCACGAUCGAGGACUUGGACGGACUUAUCGCUGCGUCGAAGGGUGGUGCGAGGAAGGCAGCAGUGAUCGGUGGUGGCUUGCUUGGGCUCGAGGCCGCGAAGGCCGUGUACGACCUGAAGAUGGAGAGCCACGUCUUGGAGAUGGCGCCGUUCUUGAUGCCGACCCAGCUGAAUAAGACCGCAGGCGCUGUUCUCGCAAAGAAGAUCGAGGCCUUGGACAUCCAGGUGCACAUCGGGGUCAAGAUUCUGGAGGUGGUUCUUUCUGCGGGCAAGGUGGUCGGGAUCAAGAUCAUCGAAAAUGGAUGCGGCCUAGAGCUUGGUGGCCGGGGCGGUGUCAAGGUUGACAGUGGACUUCGCACCGCAGACCCGUCAAUCUACGCCAUAGGUGAAUGCGCUUCGAUCAACGGCAACUUCUGCUACGGUCUCUGGGCCCCUGGUGUCGAGCAGGCUGAGGUAGUGGUGAAGAAUCUAGUGGAUGGUCCAGGAUCAGCCGAGUACGCUUCCAGCGAUCUUAGCACGAAGCUCAAGCUCUUGGGUGUUGACGUAGCGUCCUUUGGUUCUCACAACGACUUCUUCUUCAAGCGCUGGUUCGACGACAAGGAUCCCGAGGUCAUCUCUUUGGAGUGUUCCAACCCAUUGACGGGCUCUUACAGGAAGCUUUGUUUCAACUCGGAUGGCACCAAGCUCGUGGGAGGUCUCUUGGUCGGCGACGCCAAGGAUUACACCAAGCUUCUGCAGCUGAGCAAAAAGGACGACCUGGGCGAUCUCGAUCCCGAGAGCCUCACCUACCAGAGGCCGCCUCCGGGGGAUGGCGGCGCUGCGCCUGCGGACGGCGGCGAUGGCACCGGCCUAGCCGACGACGACUUGGUCUGCACGUGCAUUGGGCUGUCCAAGGCCGACGUCGCGAAGGCCAUCAUCGAUAAGGAGGCCACAACGAUCCCGCUACUCAAGAAGGCCUGCAAGGUAGGCACGGGAUGCGGUGGUUGUGUCACGCCUGUGGGCGCGGUCCCCAAGAUCCUCGCAGCCACGCUGAAGAAGCUUGGGAAGACGGGCCCUAUUGGGAUUUGUGCCCACUUCCCUUACAGCCGUAAGGAGCUCUUCGACAUUGUCAGGAUCAAGAAGCUGAAGACCUUCCCGGAUGUGCUGAGCGCGGUGGGAAAAGGCAACGGCUGCGAGCUCUGCAAACCCAUCUUGGCGUCCAUCUUGGGUGGUCUCUGGAACGAGCACAUCCUAGAUAAGGGCCGGGACGAGAUCCAGGACACGAACGACAGGUUUUGCGGAAACAUCCAGAAGACGGGAACGUAUUCCGUGAUUCGCGGUGACAUCUCCCCGCAAGAGCUCGAGGACUUCGCCAGAAUCGCCAAGAAGUACGGCCUGUGGACGAAGAUCACUGGCGCACAGCGCCUGGGCAUGUUCGGGGCCGAGAGACACCAGCUUCCUAGCAUCUGGAAGGAGCUCGUCGACGCGGGCAUGGAGUCGGGGCAGGCCUAUGGCAAGUCGCUGCGGACCGUGAAGAGCUGCGUGGGGUCUACGUGGUGCCGCUACGGCCAGCAAGACUCCGUGACCAUGGCCGUGAUCCUUGAGAACCGGUACAAGGGCAUCCGCUCUCCGCACAAGAUGAAGAUGGGAGUGUCUGGCUGCCUCCGGGAGUGCGCCGAGGCCCAGGGCAAGGACGUCGGGCUCAUCGCCACUCAGAAGGGGUACAACCUCUACGUCUGCGGCAACGGGGGUGCGAAGCCUGUGCACGCGGCUCUGCUGGGCACGGACCUCAGCGAGGAGGAGUGCAUCAAGUACAUCGACCGCACCCUGAUGUUCUACAUCUCCACUGCGAAGCACUUGCAGCGGACCGCCCCCUGGCUUGAGGAGCUCCCGGGAGGCAUCGAGUACUUGAAGCAGGUCGUCAUCGGAGACAAGCUUGGCAUAUGUUCAGAGUUGGAGGCACUCCUGGAGCACGCCCACUGCACCUACAAGUGCGAGUGGAAGGAAGUCGUGUACGACGCUUCGCUGGCCAAGAAGUUCCAGCAGUACGCGAAUACGCAGGAAACCCAGCACACGGAGCACAUAGAGUACGUCGACAUGCGCCGGCAGCGCCACCCGAACGUGUACAGCCCCCCAGACGUCACGGGGCCUGCCAUCUUCCGGCGGGAAAAGGCGGACGAAGGCUGGGAGUGGUUCUCAGCGGGCCCCGCCUCCUCCCCUCCAUCCUGGCGAAGCAGACGACGACGACGACGGCGGCGGCGACGGCGGCGGCGACGGCGACGGCGACGGCGACGGCAACGACGACGGCGACGACGGCGGCGACGACGACGGCGACGGUGGCGGCGACGGCGGCGACGACGGCGGCGGCGGCGGCGGCGACGACGACGGCGACGAUUUGAGUCUGCCGCGGGGGUCAGAACUGCAGGGGGGGCAUUGCGUCAAGACGCUUGGGGCUUACACUCUGGUAGGCAACCCUGCGAGUCAAGACGAGAGGCGGCGACACUCUAG